AUGUGUCUCUUGAUCAUCAUCUGCAUGUUAUUCUCCGCGGUGAGUACUUCACAUGCCACCGACUACAACAAUCACUGCUGCGAGCGCCUCGCCGAGCAUUUCUCACAACAGCUCUCUUACCCAAGCAACGACACCUAUCAGCAAUUUCUUGAUGGAUACUGGACUGAGCGAGAGAGUGAGCUCGAGCCGAACUGCAUCUUCACGGCGGAGAAAUCACAAGACGUAGCUCGAGCUGUAGGCAUCCUCGGCAAGACGUCGCAAUGCAAAUUCGCCGUGCGAGGCGUUGGACAUACUGGCUGGCCCGGCGCUGCAAACAUCGAAUCGGGUAUCACCUUUGACCUCUCUCGCUUGGACGAUACUACGACGGUGGGAAACACGUCUGUUGAGGUCGGCGCCGGUGCUCGAUGGAAUGCCGUCUAUGAGCAUCUCGAUGCCCUUGGGCUUCACAUCGCGGGCGGGAGGUUUGCGAGCGUUGGUGUCGCGGGCCUUACUUUAGGUGGCGGUAUUAGCUUCUUCUCGGCACGCUAUGGAUGGGUCUGCGACUCAACAGUAUCUUCAGCCAACAAACCGGAUCUUUUCCGCGCUUUAAAGGGAGGGAGCAAUAACUUUGGCAUCGUCACAGCCUUUCGCUUCAAGGCCUUCCAAGGCGGAGACUUGCUAGUUGGCUCGGCCGUAUAUGAUACCACGCAGUCCGACGACCUCGCUACCGCGUUUGUCGACCUGGCUUCAACGCCCAUCGACCAGUACGAUCCCUAUGCAUCGUUUGCACAGAUACACAGCUGGGAGAAGCAGUCAGAUGUUGCAACCAAGGUUAUCGUGAACACAUUCACGUACACCAAGCUACCGGCUGUUAACAGUACUCCCCCUUUCCUCAGUGAGCUCCAAAAUGCCGCGCCACAAUUAGCCAGCUCUCUCAACAUCCUGUCUCUCCAGAAAUCCUUCAGCGAUGUAAACAACUUGGACAAUCCAACGUCCCCACGCCGCGUCCUCAUCAACAUGAAUUUCCACGCCGAUGCCGCUUUCAUGAUCGUACUGAUCGAACUCCUAGACAAGACCAUCACCCACUUCUUAGACCGAAUCCCGCGAUCCGCCUGCAGCGUGGCUUUCCAGCCCCUCCACCCCAUCAUGACCUCCAAAUCCAAGAACACAGGCGGAAACGUCAUUAAGCGUAGCGACCGAGCGCUAGCCACACCGGAGUACGAGCUUGCGAGUCCAGAGUCCGGCUACAUUAUCAACGUCAAUCCAACAGUCCAAUGGGCCGGUGCUGAGAACGAUGCGUUUGUCAAGGAACUGUGGGAGGAGACGUUUGCUGAAGCCCAACGCAUGGCGGUUAGGUAUGGAGUGGCAACGGACUGGGUGUAUUUGAAUUACGCCGAGAGGUGGCAAGACCCUAUUCAGGGGUAUGGAAAGGCUAACGUCGAGUUUAUGAGGAAAGUGAGUAUGAAGUAUGAACCUAAGGGUGUCUUUCAGCGCCAGCUUUCAGGGGGGUUCAGACUGUGGCAGCGGGAAGGAGGUGCUUGA